AUGUAUACAUGUACAUAUAUGAUUUUCCUUCGUGAAUUGAUUUCCAAUUCAUCUGAUGCUUUGGAUAAAAUUCGAUAUGAAUCCCUCACUGAUCCUUCAAAACUUGAAAGUGGAAGUGAACUUUACAUAAGGAUAACUCCUGAUAAAGAAAACAAAGUGCUUUCUAUUAGAGAUACUGGUAUUGGUAUGACAAAGGCUGACCUUGUAAAUAAUCUUGGUACGAUUGCUAGAUCUGGCACCAAAUCAUUCAUGGAAGCUCUUCAAUCUGGAGCUGAUAUAUCUAUGAUUGGUCAAUUUGGUGUGGGUUUCUACUCUGCUUACUUGGUUGCUGACCGAGUUCAAGUAAUCACAAAGCACAAUGAUGAUGAACAAUACAUUUGGGAAUCUGCUGCUGGUGGUUCCUUCACCAUUGCACUUGAUACAGUCAAUCCACCUCUUGAACGUGAAACUGAAGAACUUAACAAAACCAAACCAAUCUGGACUCGCAAUCCUGAAGACAUUACCAAUGAAGAAUAUGCUGCUUUCUACAAAUCACUCAGCAAUGACUGGGAGGACCAUUUGGCUGUCAAACAUUUCUCAGUUGAAGGACAGCUUGAAUUCCGUGCAAUUCUUUUCAUACCAAGACGUGCACCUUUUGAUUUGUUUGAAACCAAAAAGAAACGUAACAAUAUCAAACUUUAUGUUAGACGUGUAUUCAUUAUGGAUGACUGUGAAGACUUAAUACCAGAAUAUCUUAGUUUUGUAAAGGGUAUUGUGGAUUCUGAAGAUUUGCCUCUUAACAUUUCUCGUGAAACACUUCAACAGAAUAAAAUUCUAAAGGUCAUUAAAAAAAAUAUUGUCAAAAAGUGUAUUGAAUUGUUUGGUGAAAUUGCUGAAGAUAAGGAAAACUUUGCCAAAUUUUAUGAAGCAUUUGCUAAAAACCUUAAACUUGGUGUUCAUGAGGAUGCACAAAACCGUGCUAAAUUAGCAGAAUUCCUUCGUUACUACUCUACAAAAUCUAGUGAAGAAAUGACAUCAUUAAAGGAUUAUGUUACAAGAAUGCCUGAAAAACAAAAAUCAAUAUACUAUAUUACUGGUGAAAAUCGCCAAGCUGUAGAAAAUUCACCAUUUGUUGAAGUUCUCAAGAAGAGGGGAUAUGAAGUGUUGCUUAUGACUGACCCAAUUGAUGAAUAUACUCAAUAUGAGGAGUUAUGUAAAUUAAUUAAAGAUAUACUUGGUGACAAAGUUGAAAAGGUGCUUGUGUCAAAUCGUAUUUCAGAAUCACCUUGUGUGCUUGUGACUGGACAGUAUGGUUGGUCUGCUAACUUUGAGCGUAUUAUGAAAGCACAAGCUCUUCGUGAUUCAAGCAUGUCAUCUUACAUGGCAUCAAAGAAAAUUAUGGAAAUCAAUCCAAACCAUCCAAUUGUUAAAUCACUCAAGGCAAAAGUAGAAACUGACAAGAAUGACAAGACAGUUAAAGAUCUUACAUGGCUGUUGUUUGAAACUUCACUUUUACAAUCAGGGUUUAGUUUGGAUGAACCAUCAUCAUUUGCUGGUAGAAUAUUCAAAAUGAUUAAACUUGGUCUUGAUAUUGGUGACGAUACAGAGGCUGUGGAAGCUGAGGAAACAAUUAAUCCUAUUGAUGAAGCUUCGGUUGAAACUUCUAUGGAAGAA